AUGAGGAUUUUCUGGCGGAUGCUGAGGGUGCCCUUCGCGUCGCUGAGCCAGAGAGCGACGAGGAUUUUCUUGCCUGACGAGCCGCUCGUCGUCGCAGAUGGGCCCGGGCAGGCAGCGGCUGAGGGAGACGGGCCAGGUCUGGACAGCAUGCUCGCGCUGAACGCGGCGGCCGCCUACACGCCCCCAGCCGUGGUCAAGCGCGGCCGCAGGAUAUUGCCGAAGACUGCUCAAGCCCUCGUUCGGUCCCUGCAGCCGCUGCCAUCGGAUAUGCUGAACUCUGGAGUGCCUCGUCUGACAUCGUUCUUGUUGGACGCCACGCUGGGCAGGUCGACGGCGCUGGCCACCACGACAAAGCUUCGCCGUGAGUGCGGCGUGUCUGCAGGAUCGUGGCACGACACUUGCGACGCCAUCAGCUACGCGACGUUCCAGGUGUUGCGCGGCACGUUCGAGCGCUUCGCCAGGUCGCUGCUGGGGUGUGCAGGGCAGGGAGCGGCGGGGCUGGGCGUGGAGACGCAUUGGAUCCGUUGGUUCACUUUUCGAUUUCGCUCGUACGACGGGACCAAGCAGUUCGUGAGAGUCGUCGGCAAUGUGAGCACGUCGGUCGGAUCAGGAAGUGCAUCGUUCAUCGAGCCGUCGGCUGCCAAGUACGAGGUGUACGUUUCAAGUGCAUCGCGGGCUUUUUGCUUGAUGAAGGGGGCCCGCCCGCAGUCGAGGCUCUUGACCCUGAUGGUCAGGGAGCCGACGCUGCUGCACACGUCAGAUGGGACGAAGGCUGAGUCCACCAACGCGGCGUUGGCCCACCUCGCAUGCAGCGUCGAUGUGGAGUUGGAGCGCAUGUUUCUCAGGAACGUCGAUGUCGUCAUCACCGACGAGGCUGGUGCGAACAUUCGUUAUGAAAAUGCUCGCCGAGCUGCUGCGUCGCGCCCGUCAGCCCUUUUGCACCUCUUCUGCGACGCUCAUGAGAAGUCGAAGGUUGCGAGCUUGGGCCACGCGGUCCAGAGGCCGACCGACACGAUGCUCAUCCGCAUGCAGCUUGCCACGAGGGGGAACAUGCCUCGGAUAAUGAAAGCGAUGCGGGGCCUCCUGGCCGAGCGGCUCGUCAUCGUCCAUGGCGGCUCGAUGGAGGACGCUGGUUUCGGCGACGAGGUCGCAGGCAAGCUGGCCGCGGCGCUGAACGUCUCGGACGCGUCCUGA